AUGAAAGUGCCACUGAAGAAAGGGCAGGAGCUAAAGAUAAAAAAAGGAUGUGGUCCAGGUUCUUUCACAACAGCCUUUGCAGAAAACUUCCGCUUCCCCCCACGGUCAUUUCCAAGCAGGACACUGGUGCGUCCUGCUCCAUCUCCUGGUCCGUGCAACAAGACGCUCAAGGUAAGCAAGAGCAAGCUGUCGGCGGGGCUGGGCCCCAGCUCCCCGCUGCAGAUGCAGACCACGUGGGUGAUGCUGAUCUGCCUGGCUGGAGGGCAGCUUGCAAGUGCCACACUCUGCAAGACCUAUGGCACCAUCCCAGGCAUCCCCGGGUCACCAGGACAGCCUGGGAGCAACGGCAGAGAUGGGGAGAAUGGCCUAAAGGGAGAGCAAGGUCCCCCUGGCCAGGUGGAGUACGAAGGAGACAUGGGGGAGAAGGGAGACCCAGGAGCGCCAGGGUACCCUGGGAAGAUUGGCCCCAAGGGCCCCCCGGGUUCAAAGGGAUUGCCAGGUCCCAUGGGACCCCCUGGCCCUCAGGGGGACUCUGGUGACUACAAGGCCACCCUCAAGUCUGCCUUCUCUGCUGCCAGGACCAUCAGCUCCUACCCACGCCGGGACCAGCCUAUCCGCUUCGACCGCAUGAUCACCAACGAGAAGGGCCACUAUGAGAACCGGUAUGGCCGCUUCAUCUGCCGGGUCCCAGGCAUCUACUACUUCACCUACCACAUCACCUCUAGGGGCAACCUGUGCCUCAGUGUGAAAAAGGGCCGGGGUGGUAGCAGGGGCGAGAAGGUGGUGACCUUCUGUGACUAUGUGCACAGCAGCUACCAGGUUACCACGGGUGGUGUGGUCCUCAAGGUGGCAGCAAAUGAGUCCAUCUGGCUGGAGCCAACAGAGAAGAACUCUGUGGUAGGGAUUGAAGGGUCUGACAGCAUCUUCUCCGGCUUCCUCAUCUUCCCUGAGGCUUAG